AUGCAGGAUGUAAGCCAUAUUUGCUGCAACGGAGAGUAUGCCUUGACGGAAUCGUAUUCAGUUGUCGCCGCCAAACUGCAAAGUAUACAUGUCCGACCUGCAACGUACCAUACUGCUCCCUGCCAUGCUAUCGAUCUCAGUCAAUGUUCGGAGGGUUUUUACAAGAAAGAGAUCGAGAAUGACAUCCAGUCCGGGCCUUCCAAAACAGCAGAGGAGAGGAAGAAGAUGCUGGAGAUGCUGAGAACCUUCGAAGAGCAAGUUUCCAAUGGGCAGUCACUAGGAGAUGAGAGUGAAGAGGACGAUAUGGAUGAUGGAGCGGACUUGGCAAAACGUUUCGAGACUGUUGACCUAGACUCUGUAUCUCCUGAAACAUUGUGGUCAAUGCUUACGGAGAAAGAACGUGUCAGAUUCAUGAAAGCAUUUGACGAUCCUGCGAGCGAAUUAGCACAACAGCUACUGGCAAGCGAACAGCUGGAGAAAGAGAUCAAAGGACCUUGGUGGGAUGCACCAGAAGUACGGGAGGACGAUAAUGAUCAGAAAGGCACGACACGCCGGUACGGUACUCGUCCAAGCAUGAUGGAUAUUCCUGCGUCGAUGGUGAAAGCGGUUCCUACUGGGCACCCUUUGGUGUUCAACGUUUGCGCCAUAUGUAUUGCAUAUGCAUAUAUCACAAGACAUCUAGGAACCUCUCCGUUGGGUAGAUUAAAGCCAGAUGAACCGGAAUACCAAGAAGCGCGGCGACUGGUCUCACAACUGGUACCCUUUUUGAUUGAACGCAAGUCGACACAACUAUACCCUGAUGUACCGUCUGUUAUAACGGAGAUCUGGUCCUUGGUGGAUGCAGGCACCAUGACGAGCGACCUAUUUGCAGUUCUUCUCCGGGAUGCGGCACGGUUGAUGAAACCUCUGCGGAUAACACAGAUUGGACCGUCGGAGACGGUAAACGGAAAUGUGCCUCCGUCGCACCCGCAUUGCAUGCCGGUAUUGGUGCUAUCAGAUCUGGAUGAGCUGCUGGGCGACGCUGGGCGAACAGAAAGCACCGGGGGAGAAAAGAGGAGGAGACACAUUACGCACAAAAUCCGGUUCUAUGGGAUACAUAUUUUAUCAACGCCAAGCGGUGUGUUGGAGAGGCUUGGAGAAGAGCUGAUGGCGCGGGCGAGAGGAUAUACACAGUAA